AUGGAAAUCAAAAGUUCAAGUAACAGGGCAGCACGUACACCAGAAUUGAAAGCAAUUACAAGAGUCACAAGAGAUGUUAUCAGGGAAAAGUUAAUUGUUGAAGUGUUACCAGCAAUCAGAUCAAAAUGGCCAGCAAAUGGAAUUAGGGACAUAUGGAUUCAGCAAGACAAUGCAGGACCACACAUAUUAACAACUGAUCAUGCAUUUAAUGAAGCUGCAACACAAGAUGGGUUCAAUAUUAGGCUAGUUUGCCAACCAGCUUCUAGUCCUGACAUGAACAUUUUGGAUUUAAGUCUUUUUAAUGCUCUUCAGUCAAUUCAAUUUAGAGAGUUUCCUAGAGAUUUCCCAGCGUUAAUUAAGGCAGUAACUGAUGUAUACGAUACUUUCAAUCCAAAACUUUUGAAUUACUCAUGCAUUCAAUAUCAGUUAUGCAUGCUUCAGGUACUUAAAGUAAGGGGUGGUAAUAAUUACAAGCUACCACACAUGGGAAAGAAAAGGUUGGACAGGCUAGGUGAAUUGCCAAGUCAACUUGAAGUUCCUACAGAGCUUAUAGAUUCGACUCAUCAAUAUUGA